ACAUACAGACUGUAGGGGACUUGGUUGCAAAGGCGCACCCAGUCGUGGUCAUUUUAUAAGUUAUUUUGUUUGCGAAAUAGUGGUAGGAAAAUGAAUUUAUUAAAAAAUCCUCGACUUAAUGGUGUUCUGCUAGAUGUUACUGGCGUUUUGAAAGACGGAGGAACAGCAAUUCAUGGAUCUGUUGAAGCAGUUCGAAAACUACGUGAAGCCGGACUGAAGAUUAGACUAGUGACUAAUGAAACUCAAGUAACUCGCCGCGCAUUAGCAGAAAAUCUUUUGGAUUUAGGUUACCCUGUUCAGGAAUUGGACAUUGUUUCCCCCUGUCCUGCACUGAUUUCAUUUCUUCAACGAGAAAACUUGAGACCACAUUUGUUGGUGCAUUCCAAUGUAUUACCAGAGUUUGAAGGCAUUGAUCAAAGUAAUCCAAACUGUGUUGUGCUUGGGGAUGCUGCAGAAAAUUUCACAUACGAACACCUGAAUGAAGCAUUCGGAAUUCUCAUAAACAUGAAAAAGCCUCGACUAUUUUCACUUGGGCGAGGGAGAUAUUACAGUGACAAGGAAGGUUUAAUGUUGGAUGUGGGUGCAUUCACAGCUGCACUUGAAUAUGCUGCUGAUGUCAAGGCAGAAAUUAUAGGUAAACCACAGCCAGAGUUUUUUAGGUCAACACUGAAAGAUAUGGGAGUUGAACCUGAGGAGGCAGUGAUGGUUGGCGAUGAUGUGGUAUCAGAUGUAGGAGGUGCACAGGACUGUGGACUGACUGGUGUGUUGGUAAGAACAGGGAAGUAUCGCCCAUCAGAUGAGAAACACCCAACAGUACAUCCUGAUGCAGUCGUAGAUGAUUUGGCACAUGCUGCGAACCUCAUUUUGGAAUCCAGGAAAUGAAAAAAUUGUACUUCUGAUUCACAUGGAAUACAUGCUUAUCUAGGAGUGUUUAUUGAUAUGACCAUAUGCCAUACAAUUAAAGUGAUUUACAAAUGUUAUAAA